AUGCUACAGUUAGCCACAUUGUCUCGGCUAGUGACGUAGAAAGCCGUGAAGAUUUUGAACAGCUCACCUGGAGACUGAAGGCAGAGGACAUUCAGAAACCGUAUCUCACUCAAAACAGCAUGGAUAGUUUUUUCCAAGUUUGUAUGCAUGUGGAAGCACCAGAGUCACAAAAUAACUAAUGAAAGAACUAACUAAAUAAUACAAAAUAAUUGUGAUAGUGAUUUUUUUUUCAUGAUGUGGGCACUUUAAACUUCCUUUUAAAGUUUUUAGAAAAAUCUUUUUUUGGUUUCCUCUGCAUCAUUUCUCAAACUGUGUCUUUUUACUGUGUGCAGUAAGGCUGUGUUGCUGUGGUGACUCAGUGUUUCAGCAGCUGUGUGUUUAAAUGUGUGAGUGUGAUGACAGUUUGUCAGUAAGUGUGUGACAGUUGUUUUGUUCAUGAUGAAGCUCGUUCUGCUCCUCGCACUCCUCACAGUGAGUGAAUGUGACGACAGCACAGUUAGUGUUCGAACAGGUGAAGACGUCACUCUGUCCUGUAAAUAUGACAUCAAUUACUACACACCUCUGUCAGUUUGUUGGGGUCGUGGACAACUACCAAACUCAGGCUGCAACAACCAGCUCAUCUCCACAGACGGACAUAAAGUGAAAGAAGAAACCAGAGUCUCCAGCAGGUAUAAGUUACUGGGACAACUGGAUGAGGGAGAUGUUUCUCUGACGAUACUGAAUGUCUCAGAGACGGACGCUGGACAAUAUGGGUGCAGAGUGGAAAUACCCGGAUUGUUCAAUGAUGACAAACAUCACUUCGUUUUAAAUGUUGAGACAGCUCCGCGGACAACCACAUCAAGAACACAAAACGAGACGUCUACAGAGCAGACAACAGCCGGUUACACAGCAGGUCAGAUGAGCUCGACACAGCUUCUCCUAACUUCCCACACCAGCAACGUUGAGCGCAAGGAGAGCAGUGGUGUGAGCGUGGUUCUGCUGUUAGUUCUGUUUGUGUUGGUAGCCUUGGUUAUAGCAGGCGUAGCAUUGGUCAUUAUUGGUAAGUACAAAAGUCAGUUGUUUCAUGACCAUCCUCACACUCACAACAAAGAGGGAAGUUUAACAUCCACUGACUUCAGCCAAAUGUGUUGCUUCAACCCAGAGAGGAACCAGUGGUCAGUCGGCCACGAUGGAAGAGUUCAUGUAAAACGUACCAUGAGAACCCAUCAACCAUUGGUUGGACGAUGAUUUAACAACAGCUGAUAUUUCAAGGGUUCCGGUGUAGCCGGCUGAUAUCUGGGCCAAGCCUCUUCUGUGCCCUGGUCAAUGUAGAGACCAUGUUGAUGAAGUGUUUUUGGUCAAGACAACAUUUUGGCUAAUCAGAUAUCUGCAUAUGAAUAAUGAUAAGUAAAGACAAUAGCUUAUGAAAACCAAAGUUGUGGUCAAAUGAUAGCUGGUGAAUUCAGAGAUUGCAUUUCUGCCAAUGCGUUCCACCUCUUUUACUCUGUAUAUGGGCUGUUUACCAGCAUGCAACCAAAGCCCGCUCAAACGUGAUUGGUCAAUACUACUCUGACUACAAAUGGAAACUAGAAUGCUACAGAGACCAAAAUCACAUCCUGGCUGUUGCCUACAGAUUCUGAUCAAAUUUGACUGAACUAACCACAGACUCUCCACUGUCUCACUUUGAUUACCAGAGGCUGUGUUUUUUUUGGCUAGGUUUGUCUGUUUGUCUGACUUUCAUGAAACUUGGUGGGAGGGUGCAGCAUUGGCCGAGGAAAAAAACGGUUACAUUUUGGAGCAGUAUCACAAGGGUGGAUACAUAAAUUACUUUUUUUUACUUUUGUUAACAUUGCAAGACAUAGCCCUCUCUUUACUGUCAACUUGGAAAUAAAAAUUUAAAAAAAAUGCUCAAAAGAGCUCUUAAUUCUUUAAAAGGAGAAACGGAUCUUGUCAGAUGCUAAGUCAUAAUUAGCAUUCUAAUGCCAGUCUCUUAAUAUCCUUUUUACAUCAAUCAUGAUCCUUUACUAAAACAGAACAUUCAAAGUGUGAAAGUCUAGGUGUCUGGAAUCAGAGAUGAAAUGUAAUUUGAUCUUAGUUACGCCUGUACAGUUGCAUUUUGUAUUAUUUGUAUUUACUGAGAAGUCAA